GAACCUGUUGACAAACCUUGGCUUGAGCACUGCGAUGAAGGGCCAACCCUUGGAACAUCAGAUUGUUUACAUCUGACAAUGCAGCACAAAGAGGUGUGUUAUUUGAGCUAUAAGUUUCAUGGGACCCAGGAUUGUGAAGUGGAGAAAGUGGGUCUUCUGGAAGAUUUUGUGAAGUCGUCGGCGGAUAUUAUGAAAACUGUCAGGUUUAUCACUUUUUAUCUUUUGGAAAAGGAUACCAAUGGUGUUCAUUUGGUUCCUCAAGAAGAAGAACUUUCCAUAAGGAAAGUGGAUGAACAUGAAGGUACAUCAACCUUCAGCUACAGGAGUAAUCCUGUGAUGGAUAAAACGAGUCGUUCUGAAUGUCAUCAAAUCAAGAAUUUUGUUGGUAGUUGUCCAGGUAAAAGAAGGCUGAUGAGUGUCCUGUGGCUCCUUUCAGAAUUUGCUGUGAAAUCUUUUGGUAAGAGGAGAUAGUAACUAGUCUAGAGAUAACUUGAGAGUGUUGAAAAAGUUAUGUGUAAACAUGGAAAGUAAACAGUGGACAAGGGGAGAGGAUUUUAGAGAGUUUGUCUUUAAUAGCAGUCAUGAAAUGUGAGGUUGUGUUAUUUUGGCUGGCUAUGGAGUGUCAGAACGUAAUGCCUACUUAUUCCCAGACUUCAAAAACAUUUAUUUAUCUAUCAGUUGGAGUCAUAGCAGACCAAUAAAAUCUCCUGAUUAUUGAACGAGUUUCAUUUUGGGAAAGAGUGGAAUCUUUGAAAUUACUUAUACCCAAACUGACUACUAACACAUUAUUUCUUAUUCAUGUUUGCUACUGUAAAUAUAGAAAAUUUACAAUGGGCAAGGGGAGAGGAUUUUAGAGAGUUUGUAAUAAAAGGAAGUUGUGAAAAUGUAAAGUUGUGUGGUUUUGGCUGUCUAUGCAGUGUCAGAAUGCAAUGCCUACUUAUUCUCAGACUUCAGAAACAUUUAUUUAUCUAUCAGUUGGAGUCAUAGCAGACCAAUAAAAUCUCCUGAUUAUUUAAUGAGUUAUAUUACAGGAAAGAGUGGAAUCUUUGAAAAUACUUAUGCCUAAGCUAACUA